AUGGCUACCCUGGGCGGAUAUCUUAACAGUGAGACACCCCUCCUUGAGCUCUACCGACCUCAUCAGCUUGCUAACACCCACCAAGAGAAGGUCUUGAUCGUCACAGCCGACUCUCGUAUUCUAGUCGGCACAAUGGCAGCAUGUGACCAAACAACCAACCUGGUUCUGAACAACGCCGUGGAACGAAUUAUCCGAACCCCCGACGACGACGAGCCCUCAGCUCAAGUACCCCUUGGUCUUUACCUCGUGCGCGGUGAUAACGUAUGCUCGAUCGGCCUCGUAGAUGAGGCGCUCGAUGAUAGCAUCAACUGGACAGAAGUCAAGGGUUCAGCGAUUGGCGCGGAAAGCAGAUUUUGCUACACAUUCUCAACCUUUUUCUAUUUCACGUAUGUUUGUUUGCUUGGGGUACAGCAUCCACGGCUGGAGAACUGGGAGUCUCCUGUCCCGUGGCACUGA